AUGGAAUUAGAAUCACUACUUCCUAAGCCAACUAACAAUGGUGGCAUUAAGCAAUACUUGAGAAGAAGGCACUACAAGCACCUAGAAGGAAGUGGGAAAAAAAUGAAGAUCAUAAGGUUAAAAAGGAGCACACGUAAGUUUUGGAGAAUCAAAACAAUUCCAAGGCUGAGAUGGGUGAUUAAAUCACCUUUGAAAAUGUUGUCAAAUUUUAAGAAUGUUUAUGUUAAUUUGAACUUUAUGUUAAAAUCUUUGAACACUGGUGGGAAACAAAUUCCAAAAGCUCCUCAAGUUUCUAAGGAUUAUGCUAGUGAUGCGUUUGAGGUUAAGCUCAUAUAUGAGAUUUCUAAGGCCUUCAUUGCUUCUCAUGAACUAUUUCCAAUGUAA